AUGCCCUGCUACGACAAAAAGUUGGAGGCCUCAAGGCAUGAAUUUGAGGUGCCCGCGACAGCUGGCGGGGACGAAGAGCCGCACAAGGAAGUCGAUUUGGUCCUGGGCACUAACGAAUUUGCACAAGCCCUGGAUGACCUUCUGGGCGGUGACAAUGAGACCAUCCCCAGCCUAGCACCGCCCCCUACAACAGAAGGAUCUUUCAACGAAUGUUCUUAUUUGCUGUCUUCCUUUAUAGGAUGCCUUAGCGGGGGCGCUCAGAUCAAAAACAAGGAGGUCUCGAAAGUUCCCCCCACAUACCUCACCCUUGAAGAGAGGCCGGCACUGAUGAGUGGACCCUCUCAAAGACUCCUUGUGGCUAUGAAGGAUAAAUGCCCACCCGAAAGCUAUUUUACGAACUUCCGUACCGCCCCCAGAGUUGAGAUUAUCAACCCCUCUGCAUUAAAAUGGUGA